UCAUUCAGUACUAUACGUAGCAGUGCUUUUCCAAACAGCGUUACGUUCUCAGUAGUGCAGGUCGUCUCAGUACCAACAUGAAAUUGCACUUGAUUUUCUUUUUCGCUGCAGCGGUCACGGCCGCACGAGGCUACAGAUCUAGAAUGCUAGAUGAUCUUGAAAAUAUUUACGAGGACGAGGCGUUAGAAGCCUUAGAGGGGACGCGAGAUGAAGCACUGCAGGAGAGACUCAUCGAUCCAUUGGUGCAAGAAGACGCCGGCAGUGGCAAUGACACCUGUGACUGUGAUGCGGAGUGUGACAACCUUCAUGUCACCAGACUGCCUCAUAAUGUUCGGGACGUAGACAAAUAUCUGAGCUACGAGAACUUCCCGGUGUUGUGUCGUGAUGCGUCCGCCAUCUUGCUGCCACCAAAAGAUGAGAACAAACCUCAGAAAUCGUAUAUCUGUAAGCAAGUGUUCGAUUGCUGCCGAAGCUGCAACCAUGUGUUUUACACUUGCCUGAAAAUGCCGGAUAACACCUAUGGGUUCUGCAUGCGAGGCGCAUACAAAUGCAUGUGUGAUUGCAUCGACAAUAAAUCAUUCCAGGAACUUCCUUACAAACCGAGACCGGCAAGCUAGAGGGUGGACUGGACUCGGGACGGGGACUGUGCAUCGACAUAUAUAGUUUACUUGCAUAUCCGGUGAUGAAAUUGAAUUUGUAAACACGAGCGUACGUUUUCUUGUUUCCUACAACUUUUUCGUGUAAUGUUGAGUACUUUAAGCUUUUGAAAAUUAAUUAAUCGAUCUGCUUUGUUGAGAGAUGUACGUUUGUUGCUAAAGACAAAUAAAUCCAUUUGAAAUGAACCGCAA